AUGGGCGGCCAGCCAACCCCGCGUCAUGUGGCUAUCGCCAUCGCGAUCCAACUCGAUACAACGAAGAAAGAGAAAGAUCAGGUUUUUGUAUGCUUGGUUUCGUCACGAAAACACAAGAACCAAUGGGUUUUACCAAAAGGUGGUGUAGAAAAGGGGGAAUCGGAACGUGCUGCGGCUCUGCGCGAGUUGGAAGAGGAAGCGGGCAUUCGAGGCUCCUUGGAAUAUCCCCCUUGGGAUGAUGCGCAAAGCCCGUUGAUCCAAUUUGCGGAUACAAAGGCCCAUCCCAAAUCGCCUACAACGAAUCCAAGCGACCCUUCGUUCGUGCCGCUUACUUUGUACAGUGUGCAUGAAUUUCUCGUGGAUAAGGAUGCAGUGCAGGAGGUAUGGCUUGAAUCAACGGAGCGUGGGCGUAAAUGGGUCCCUUGGGCUAAGGCCAUGGACCUUGUCGCGUGGCGACGUGGUCUACCGGCGGCCUUAUCGCACGCAAAAAUCAAUAAGAGUCACUACUUGAAUCGUACAUAG